AAAAAUCAAAGGGAAAAGAAAUCAGCUAAAACUUCAGAAUCAAAGCUCAGAUGAUUCCCUCUUUGUUGCUCAAAUAUUUCCUAAGUUAAAUUGAUUACUUGUUUAACUCCCAAUGGCUGCGGUUGCUACUGGUACUGGGAUUGGAUUAGGAGGAGUGAGACUUCACUCCUUCAACUCCAGACCACUCUCCUUAUUUCUUGGCAAGAAGCUCAAUCUUGGAAUUUUGUCUGCCGACAAGAAAUUAUCCACUUCAAGGACUAGGAAUUUUGUAGUUUUGGCUUCUGGGGUCGAAAUUUUCAAUCUUGUUCAUGAUGUUUUUCUGGGUGUUGGUGUUGGGCUCCCUUGUACAGUUAUGGAGUGUGGUGAUAUAAUAUACAGAAGCACUCUACCAAGGUCAAAUGAGAUCACGGUUACUGUCCCUGGUGUGAUUUUAGCUUUGGGAACUCUUUCUUACCUCUGGGCUACCCCUGGUGUGGCGCCUGGAUUCUUUGAUAUGUUUGUUCUUGCCUUUGUUGAGAGAGUCUUUAGGCCUACUUAUAAGAAGGAUGACAUUGUGUUGGGGAAGAAGUUGGGUGAGGGAUCUUUUGGUGUGGUUUAUAGGGCUUCAUUGGCCAAAAAAUCCUCCUCAAAGGAUGGUGAGAUAGUCUUGAAAAAAGCAACUGAAUAUGGAGCGGUAGAGAUAUGGAUGAAUGAGCGUGUUCGAAGGGCUUGUGCAAAUAGUUGUGCUGAUUUUAUGUACGGCUUCCUUGAGAAUUCUACAAAGAAAGGGGUGGAAUAUUGGCUGAUAUGGAAGUUUGAAGGGGAAGCCACACUUGCUGAUUUGUUGCAGAGUAAAGAAUUUCCUUACAAUGUGGAAGCAAUUAUUCUUGGAGAGGUUCAGGACUUGCCCAAAGGGCUGGAGAGAGAAAAUAGAAUCAUACAGACUAUCAUGAGACAGCUCUUAUUUGCAUUGGAUGGUCUGCACUCUACAGGAAUUGUCCACAGAGAUGUUAAGCCCCAAAACAUUAUUUUCUCUGAAGAUUCUCGAACGUUCAAAAUAAUUGAUCUUGGAGCAGCUGCAGAUCUGAGAGUUGGAAUCAAUUACAUUCCCAAAGAGUUUCUACUGGAUCCUAGAUAUGCUGCACCUGAACAGUACAUUAUGAGCACUCAAACUCCCUCUGCUCCAUCUGCUCCUGUUGCAACUGCACUUUCCCCUGUUCUGUGGCAGUUGAAUCUACCAGACAGAUUCGACAUCUACAGUGCUGGUCUCAUAUUCCUGCAAAUGGCGUUCCCCGCAUUGCGUACAGACAGUGGUCUUAUACAAUUCAACCGUCAACUGAAGAGAUGUGACUAUGAUUUAAAUGCAUGGAGAAAAACUGUGGAGCCUCGCGCAAGCCCUGAAAUUCGACGUGGAUUUGAACUGUUAGAUUUGGACGGUGGAAUUGGGUGGGAACUUUUGACGUCCAUGGUUCGAUAUAAAGCACGUCAAAGAAUAAGUGCAAAAGGAGCUCUGGCUCAUCCCUACUUUGACAGAGAGGGGCUAUUGGCUUUAUCCUUCAUGCAGAACCUUCGGCUGCAAAUUUUCCGAGCAACACAACAAGACUACAGUGAAGCUGCUAAAUGGAUUAUUCAGCUUAUGGCUAAGUCAGGAACACAGAAGGAAGGUGGAUUUACUGAGGCUCAGCUGCAGGAACUAAGGGAAAUCGAGCCAAAGAAAAAGUCAAGCCCCCAACGGAAUGCUCUAGCAUCAGCCCUCCGAUUUCAGAGGAAAAUCAUCAGGACUAUAAACGAGAGUGUUGAUGAACUAAACCGACGUAGGAAGAGCUUGUGGUGGAGCAGAUGGAUCCCUAGAGAGGAAUGAGUACUGUAAAUAUGUAGUUGUUAUUACACUUGCAUGUAAAUUUUAUGAAGCCAACAUAUGUAAUACAACUCCAGUGGACUCACCUGCUAUUCAAAGAGAAAACAAAUGUGUACAAACAUCUAUAAGCAUGUACCAAGUUAUUGUAAACAUUAUUAAUUUUCCAA